AUGACAGGCGCCAACCUACCAUCCUCCACGACCUCGGGCCCCGGAUCCCCAGUCUUCUUCUUCAAGCCCGACGAGCCCCUCGGCGAGUUCUGCCAGUGGUACCCGGCCAAGUUCACCGUCAGCAAGGCCGAGAUGUCCGCCCUCGUCGGCCACCCCGUCGACGAGGACGACCCCGAGGGCUGGCAGCCAAUCUACUUCAGCUGCGCCGAGCAGUUCAUGAUGUACUGCAAGGCGGGGCGGUUCCACGACGCGGAGACGCAGAGGCUGGUCCUCGCGACCAGGGAUCCGAAGGAGCAGAAGCGCCUGGCCCGUCUGACGCGAGGGUUCGAGGCUUCUAGUUGGGACGAGAUCAAGAGCCGGGUCGUGGUCGCCGGGAACAUGGCCAAGUUCGGCCAGAACCGACAGCUGAGGAGCCUGCUGCUGAGUACCGGGGAUCGGGUCUUGGCGGAGGCGGCUUCGCAGGACCGUGUAUGGGGUAUUGGGUUCACCGCCAAAGAGGCUAUGACGCUUCAGAAGCCGGAACUCUGGGGGGAGAAUAGGCUGGGUAAGGCGUUGAUGGAGGUGAGGCGGCGACUACGAGAGCAGGAGGAACAAUAG